AUUGCGUGCAAUUCGAGAAGAUGGGUAGGAAUACGGCAUUUCAUUGUACAGAAUGUCCACACUUCACAGAUUUUGUAACUGUCAAGCUUCUCAUCUUCAAAAGAGGCUGGCCAUGUAAAAUACACAAUUUCCUUUCUCAUGAUGAAUGCUCGACGCUGGUUUGUGUUGCAGAUCCGUGCAUUGUCUUUCUGUCUGGGACGCAGGUGAGUAAGUUCUGUUGUUUCGUAUAUCUUAGAAAAAUGCUCUAGACAUUGUCGGUCCAUUUCCUUGUUUCGCUGGAUGAUGUAUGGAUGUGCCUGCAAAGACAAUGCUUUAUAGCCGUCUGAACUCGGCCUCCACGACUGAGAACCAACCAAGUCAACAUCUCAAACAUCUCACGGAAGGUACGCAUCGGCGGACAAGUUCGAGCAGGUUUCCAGGAAGGCACGCCCCAGCAACCGUCUUCAGGCGACAACGACAUUUGCGCUGUCUUUUCACGCGCGCCGCGACACUACCGUCUUGCCAAACCUUGGUAUCAAUCACAAUUACUACACAUCAAGACGAGUGCGCACUCGUAACCCUCAUCGACUUCCAUCUCACUAUCAUCGAUAAACCAACUCUUUAUACAACUACUGAUCAACCGACCACCUCCUCAAAAUCGCUCAGCAUGUGUAACACAGUCACCAUCCACUACUCCUGCAAUCAUUUUGCGCAGUUCCAUCGCUCAACCUGCCGCAGCAUCUUCUGGGUCACCAAACGUGUCGGCAAGAUCAAGAAGCACUCAAAAGCCAAGAAGAGCCACAACAAAGACAAGACCAGCAAAGACAGCCCAAGCAAAGAUGACCCCAUCGAGGACAACGACAACCAGCACGAAGAAACAAGAGGCAGAUCACGCGAACGCACUUCCAGCAGAUCCAGCUCUUCUCGAUCACCAUCCAGCAAGACGAGCUCACCAUCCACUCACUCCCCACCUCCACCAACCAAACUCGUCUCCAAAGCCGCCUGCAAAUCCCUCUCCGACGUAGUCUUCCGCAGCCCUUGCCGCUGCGGCCCCUGCAACCGCGACUCCCCCAGACGCAUCUUCGACCUAGGAAGAAAAUACUCAAUACCCGCUCUCGAAUAUCCUUCCCACAAAAAACGCAAGCAUCUUCGACGCCACGCCAAAGUCUCCGGCGGCUCACCACUCAAACAUGAAUUAAGCAUCGAAGAACUCCUGCGAGAUGAUGAAGAACAAAAGGAAGACGAAUCCACAAGCUUGAUCAAGUCUGGCACGAGGACUGUGGAGGGAAUUGCAAAGUUGCUUCGUCUCGAGCCAGGAAAGUUUUGGAGAUGCUGGAGACGGUUUGGCGAUACUGUGGGACGUCGUUAUGCGGGCUAGAAUCUUUCCGCGUUUUCUUCCCGGGACAAGCAGGGAGAUACACGGGAUCGCGUAGAUUG